AUGUCAUCCAUCUAUCUCUAUGCGGAGCUACUACUCAACAUCCGCCGAGUCACGAUUUUCGCGAUACUGCCAUCCAAUUGCAACGCAGAGACGCGUGUGUGGCUGUGCCAUGACCAGAGAACGCUGAAGCUGAAGCACGAGGAUGAAGAGGCCACCAUAGAGCUGCCCUGUCUGGUAGUCAGCGAUGCAAACCUGAAGAUCCCUCCAGCGACCACAAGGGAGAUAUCUUUUCGCCUUUUCGUCAGCGACGCUGCUAAACUUCCCCCUCAAGCCAAGCAAGCUACCGAUUGCAAUGACCCAUGGCCGGCAUUCAAAUUGACAUCUGAAACCCAAGUCGCUUGUGGGUCCUGCAGCACUUUGUUAGUCAAUGAUGUCAAGGUUUGGAAGCAUCUCCCCAGUGCAGGCUGGGCAGACAUGAUGGACUUUUGGCAUUGUCACAAACCCAGCGUCAAUAAUCCAGAUGAUGAAAAUGCUGGUAACAACAAAGGCUACGCAGCAGCUAAUGCUCUAGGUCCCACAGCAGGCAUUGGGGUUGUGGAUGUCAGCCAACUUCUUAUCUCGGACAUCGAUUGUACUGGCCUCGAGACCACAGAUGAUCAAGGGCUUCUCAAUUGUGUCUCGUGCCGUGAAAUCGUUGGCAUCAAAGACAAGAAAGAUAGAUACUCUCUACGGCUUUUCAAAUGGAGCGUAACGCUGCAGCGUUCGAGAGGACUAGAUUGGGAGACGUGCUCAGUACAGGAAAUUGUCAGUGCGCAGCUCUUGGCAUCAAUAGAGGAUCAAGCGGCGUAUAAAUUUCUAGCCUAUACCGGCGAAGCUGAGGAUUCAAAGCCAGCUUUGGUGCUUUGGGCCUUCACUCCUGAUCUGAUGUACUCAACCUCUGCAAAGCCCACACAACGCGCAAUGAAGAUAUUCUACAGAACAAUCACGGAUUCAUUCAAGACACUCGAGAAACAACGCAACAGGAUUGAAGAAUUCCAACUACCUAGUUAUGCACUGAAAAUACUUCAAGCAGGCUUAAAAACAAGCACAGAUAUCCUCCCGCAGUCCGCGCGGACUCACCGCGAGUGGACCAUCGGACUUCUAGACCGCUGGACCCCUGUUCUCUGA